GCUGACCAGACCAUAGCAGCUCCCACCACCAUGGCUGCUGCUUUCUCUCUCUACUUCUCCUCCUCCUCCCCUCCUCUUCCCCCUUCCUCCAAAUCCCUGAUCCCUCGCACCUCCUCCUCCCAUGGCAGCAGACGCCUCUCCCUCCCCGGAUUCCCCUCCUCCUCCCGCCCCCACCGAGUCUCAUGUUCUUCUUCUUCCGAUAAAUCCUCCCCCGGCGCCGAUAACGUUCCCAGCUCUUUUUGCAUCAUAGAGGGGCCGGAGACGGUGCAGGACUUUGUUCAGAUGCAGCUGCAGGAGAUUCAGGACAAUAUAAGGAGCAGAAGGAACAAGAUUUUUCUGCUCAUGGAAGAGCUGAGGAGAUUGCGGGUGCAGCACCGGAUAAAGAUGGCCAAGGAUUUCAAUGAGAGUGGUGAGGAAGAGUCCAACGAGAUGCCUGACAUUCCUUCGUCUAUCCCUUUUCUCCCUUAUGUGACACCAAAGACGUUGAAGCAACUCUACCUUACUAGCGCAACAUUCAUAUCUGGCAUUAUUGUAUUUGGGGGCCUUAUUGCACCAACACUGGAACUCAAAUUAGGCAUAGGAGGUACCUCUUAUGAAGAUUUCAUUCGCAGCAUGCAUUUGCCCAUGCAAUUAAGUCAGGUUGAUCCCAUUGUGGCAUCCUUUUCAGGCGGGGCAGUGGGUGUCAUUUCAGCAUUGAUGUUGAUUGAAGCUAACAAUGUUGAGCAACAAGAGAAGAAAAGGUGCAAGUAUUGCCAUGGAACUGGGUACUUGGCCUGUGCUAGAUGUUCUGCAAGUGGUGUAUGCUUGAGCAUCAGUCCCAUAUCACUAUCUAAUGCAUCUGACAGCCCUUUGCGAGUGCCCACAACUGAGAGGUGUCCAAAUUGCUCUGGUGCUGGAAAGGUAAUGUGCCCAACAUGUCUCUGCACCGGGAUGAUGAUGGCCAGUGAGCAUGACCCACGGAUAGAUCCAUUUGACUAAAGCAAACCACCUAACAACUUUAGCAGCCCUUACGAAUGUAAUGUGGCAUUUCCUUGUCAAUGUAGGGAAUACUAUUUCCACUCCAACCCUUCUCGAAAGCCAAAGAACAGAAAGUAUAUAAAGCAAAAAAAAAAAAAAGA